AUGUCUAGCUACAGCGGUCCUCCGAAAGAUCGCAGGGAAGCCGUCGAAAGGCUUCGGGCCACUGCCAAAAGCGGCAAACCCAUCAUCGGGUCCGGCGCCGGUAUCGGCUUGACGGCCAAGUUUGUCGAAAAGGGCGGAGCGGAUCUGAUCAUCCUCUACAACUCGGGCAGGUAUCGUAUGGCAGGUCGGGGCUCACUGGCAGGACUCAUGCCGUAUGGCGAUGCGAACGCCAUCGUUGUGGAAAUGGCAGCCGAGGUGCUUCCCGUCAUCGAUCACACACCCGUGCUUGCCGGUGUCUGCGCCUCGGACCCCUUCCGAUCGAUCCCAAAAUUCUUGCGUCAACUCAAAGACAUUGGCUUUGUGGGCGUGCAGAACUUUCCCACGGUCGGCCUGAUUGAUGGUAGCUUCCGACAGAACCUGGAAGAGACUGGAAUGGGGUACGAUCAAGAAGUAGAACUCAUGAAGCAGGCAAAGCAGCUCGGACUCCUGACCACACCGUACGUCUUCAACACGGAGGAAGCCGAAAAGAUGGCCAACGUCGGCGUCGAUGUGAUCGUGGCGCAUAUGGGUCUAACGACCAGUGGCAGUAUCGGUGCUCAGACCGCAAUGAGUUUGGAUGAUGCAGUCGAGCUCACUUCAAAAAUCACGGCCAAAGUACACUCGAUCUCGCCAGACAUACUGGUGCUCGUACACGGCGGUCCCGUCGCUUCGGCUUCAGAUGCACAGUAUGUCCUCGAUCGAGUACCUGAUCUCGCUGGCUUCUACGGCGCAUCGAGCAUGGAGCGACUCCCCGUCGAAGUCGCGCUGCAAGAAAGCAUGAAGGACUUCAAGAAUCUCAGGCUUUCUUCCAACUAA